AACACUCAACCAUAAUCUAAUUUUCCAGUAUUAAUAUAUAGUCGUCUUUAACAUCACAUCCGUUAUAUAUAGCUUCAUGUUCAUGGAGCAAGAAGGGGGCAUAUCUUAUAAACCAUGAAAUCCCCUUCUCCCAUCUUCAGUUUGAUACUCUGUGCUCUCAUAAGUCUGUCAACAACUAUUCUAACCGCUCAAGGAAAUCCUGUAUCCUUCUACAUCGCUUAUCAGUGGCCAGGGUCAUACUGUGCAGCAGCAAAGCAGGGUUGUUGCUACCCAAGGAGUAUCAGAAAGCAUCCCAGUUUCACAAUCGGUGGCAUAUGGGCUUAUACGUUUUCUGGGGAUAUGCCAACCUACUGCAAAUCUAAGACCCCUUUUAGUUUGUCCAAGAUCUCAAACCUGACAAGGAAUUUGGAAAGGAAUUGGCCAUCACUAUCCUGCCCAAGCCAUACUAGCAGCACUAGCAGUGUGAAACUCUGGCUGCAAGAAUGGGAGAAAUACGAGACUUGUGCAGAAUCACUGUUUGGAGGUCAAUACCAAUACUUUCAUGCAGCUCUCAAUCUCAGAAAGAGAGUGGGCAUGCUCCAGAUGCUCAGCAAUGCAGAUAUCCAUCCAAACGGGUCAUUCUACAACGUCACAGCAUUUUCUAGUGCCAUACAGAAGGCCACCAUAUAUCUUCCAGGGUUCACCUGUAACAAAGACAAAUCAGGCAACAAACAGCUCUACCAGAUUAUACUUUGCGGAGACACAGCCGGAACCAAAAUCACAGACUGCCUUGGCUUCCCAAGAUCGAAUACUGGACAAUGCCCUCAAAGAUUUAAGUUCCCUCCCUUGAAUUACAGGACCCGGAGCGAAGAAUUCGGCCUCUCGUCCCGUGUUCACGGAAGAGACACAACCCAUAACCAAACUACCGCUACCGUGGCCCCCAUUAACCACCCCGACGCCGCCACGGCCCUUGAAAUUUUGAAAAAAGACUUCCACGCGUUCCGAGAGCAAGCAGUUAAGGAAAAAGCGGAAGCUGAAGCGUAUCGGGUUCGUAUUGCCGAGCUGGAAAAGGAACAAUUCCUACUCCGCGCCACUCUAGAUCACCGCAACAAUUAUAAUGAAAGUCUGGAUCAGGCAGCAAGGGUCACUCCCACCUCGGAAGCCACCUUGACAUCUCUUUUUCCUAAUCAAGGACAGAGUAGUUCCGUGAUCCCGGGAGGCCCCAACCAGAUUAUCUAUGUCACUCAUCCACUCACCCACCCAUCCUUUCCACUCCCAGCCCCACAACCAUCCACAAUCAGUAACGAAUCCAUUCCCCUACUAAACCAGCCUGAGCCAUCUGAUCCACCCCUCCCUAAUCUCAACUCUGCUAACACUGCUACCCCACCUCUCGACAUGCAAACUCGACUUCUCCUCCAGCUCAGCAAAUCUAUCACUCAGUUGGCCUUGCGAAUUGAAGGUGUUGAGAGUCGCGGGAGCCAGUGGCCUCUAUUCUCGGGGUAUGGCCACCGCCCAAGCCCCUUUACGCCAUGGGUGCAAAUGGAAAAGCGGCCAACCGAGGCCAAGCCUUUCAAAGUGGACAAGUAUAAGGGCGCCGGAGACCCUCAUCUUCACCUUGAAACAUUCCUCUCGUUAUGCAGUUCCACUCGGUACACAGAUGCUAUGGCAUAUCAUGCCUUCCAAGAGACCCUAUCCGAUGAAGCGCUUAGUUGGUUCCUUAACUUGCCUCCCAACUCCAUUGACAAUUUCGACCAGCUCUCGGAACGCUUCCUCAACCGCUUCAUACUCCAUGUCAGCAUCUACCGCAGUGUGGAUGCCUUAUUCCACAUCAAGCAAAAAGAGGGUGAAGGACUCCAUGAGUUACUGUCUCAGUGGCAAUCAGCCACAGCACGCUGUCAUAACUUGGAGCCCCCGGGUCGCUGA